AUGUCCCUAACCGGCCUCCCCCCGGAGCUCCAAACCCUUAUUCUUCUCUUCAUCCCGUUCACAUCCCAUUUUGCAGUCUCCAAGGUCUCCCCCUUGUGGUCUUCCAUAGUCUCCUCCCACGCACUCCAAAAAGCUCGGUACGGCCCAAAAUUCACAACAUUGGGUCUACCAAACCUCCACCGUCUCCUCAAUUUCAACGGAGAUUUUAAGUUUACAAUCAAGGGCGACAAGGUUAUCAGCCACAAAUUUCGGAAUGUCAUUGAGACCCAACGGAAAGAACUAGGGGAGAAGAUUAUCACAGAAACUAGGGAAGAAUGGAUGGAUAUAACCAACCACCCGUUUCUAAAGGAGCCUAUUUUUUCGCCAUUCAUAACCUACCUAUCAGCAGAAGAAUCUGACAAACAACCAUAUGGGAAUUUGGAGGAUAUGGUUCUUGAUAACUUCUUUAUCGAAGUAAUUCCGACCCAUAGUGCGGAUUACCCCUCGUUUCAGAGUAUGUCACCUUUUCACUGGUCGGUUGAGAACGAUGCCUUCCAGGUCCGGGUACGAGAUAAUGCUACAAUUGAAGAUUUGAUCCAUUUUCUUGUGAGAGUUUUGAAGGUUAAUGAGGGUGGCGAUGGGGGAUACGAGGUUAUUUUGACACAUCUGUGGGAUGCUUGGUGGAAGAAGUGGGUAGGGGUUUUGAGGGCGAGGAUUGUUCUUGCAUAA